GUUAAUAAGAGUUAACUGCUUCUGAGCCUAAGAAAUGGUUAUGUAAAAACAAAGCAAAAAAAAAAAUUAAAGGAGGAUGCACUCUGUUUCUGGAGCUGCUCUAACCUUGUUUUAUUUUAACAUGAGAUUUCUCGGACUCAGAGAGCAACCACCACCCACCCCACACUUUCUUCUCCACACCCUUUACAAAUGGAAUUCCGAAAGGAGGCACUUUCGAGUUCAUCAUGGGAAAUGGCUCAUCUUGAGAACAUUUCAGUGCAACGGAGAUUUCACCCACUCCUCCCCCCGGACACCGCACUGCCCAGCCCUCGCCCAGCGAUUUCCCCGGAAUCCGGAGGAAGGCAGGGAAAGAUGCUCCAUUCCAAGCCCAGCCUCUCCUCCGGAGCCCGGCCUGCGCACAGCCUCGCCCCGCGCUCCCCGGGGUCCGCGGAGAACGCGUCCGGACACUGCGCUGCUCCAUUCCCCAUCCACUCCCCGAGUAAGGAUCUCGGCGGGGCGCUCCUCACCGCCAACCGUCCCCAUCUGAAACUGUUUCCUCUGAGCAGCUCAAGAAUUACGGGCCCCACGAAUGCCUCUUCCGAAGGUCAACCACUCGCCUUUGAACGUAGCUGGCCCCUGUUAUUACCGAUGCUCUGCGGAGGCCUGAGGUUGCUCCCCUGCGAAGAGCGCCACUUUGGACUUAAGGACAAUAGCUUUCCCCUGCAGCCGUUGACGGUGACCGGAGUGCCCUCGGGAUGCUGUUUCCCCGCCGCCCAACAGCCGCAGUGGCCCGAGGAGCCCAGUAGCUUUGCGCGGUGGGAGUGGGGCCUGGGAGGUGACGUCUGUGCACUCUACAGAUAGAGACGUCGAGGGAAAGAGCAAGGCAAGCAGCUUCGAGUGGCUGGGAAAGGAAUCCAGGGGCGCACAACCGGUGAUUUGUAACGUCCGAAACCCCUGGCCCUCAAGAAGUACAAGUGCGCCCCAAACCGUCACCUGUUAAAGUGCUUGCCUCUAGAGGGAAGACACCUCUUCUCGCAGGAAGACACCUGCUUUCCAACUUGUUUAGCCAAGAAAUGCCCAGACUUUAAACCAUAUUGCCGCUUGAUGGGAAAAAGCAAAGGUGCUAUGGGUCCACAGAUCAUGUGUUGGGAUCCAAUCAGCCUCCCGCGCGCACUAGCUGGGUGGCCUCAGACAGUACCCCACCUCUGUAGAGGCUCGUUGCCCCCACCUGCCAAAUGGAGGUGAUAAUGCACCCGCUAUGUGCUGGUGAGGACCAACAUGAGCGUCUGUUAGCUGGCCUAUGGUUAGUAAAGAGCUAAUUUUUAAAAAGAUACUGAUUCCCUUUCUCUGUAUUUCAAAUACUCCCAACAAGCUAUGGAGAAUUUUUGGAGUUCCAACUCUUUACUGUUAAUAACUAGGCCCUUUCUCCCCAACUUUUCUUUCUUUCUCAGUUAAUGCUACAGACUUUUUUGAGUAACUCUGGACUCCCAAAAUGGGCCCCAUUCUAGAAAUAUUUCACAAUGAUGCAUCUACUAUACCUACUACCUCCCAGCUUCAACCAGCUUAUCAUUCUCCUCCAUGGCAGGGCAGAGCUAAAAAACCCUUGCAGAUAAACCUCUCAGUGUACUUCCUUUGUUGGACAGA